AUGCGCCUGCGAAGAGCAGCACGCGUGAUUCUUGUCGGCGCACCCGGCGUAGGCAAGGGCACACAGUCUGAGCGCUUACUCGACCGCUUCCCCCAGCUGACCGCCAUAUCCUCGGGCGACCUUCUCCGCAACAAUGUCAAGAACCGGACCCCUCUCGGCAUCAAGGUCGAGAGCACCAUGAAGACGGGCGGCCUGGUCCCCGACGACAUGAUUCUUAGGUUGAUUACAAACGAGCUCGGCCAGCGCGGCUGGUUGUCGGGCGGGCGCGCCAACGUCAUGACGCUGGCGUCCUCGGCCUUUGGAGCUGCCGAGGCCUACGAGGACCUAGACCCUUUCAUCUCGGCCAUUGACAGGAAUCCCGCGGCCGGUGCCAGUUUAUCUGCGCACGCGUCCGAUGACCCGACGGCUUCGUUCCUGCUCGACGGUUUCCCGCGUACGGCAGCUCAAGCCGAGAAGCUCGAUGACAUUGUCCCCAUCAACUGGGCCGUAUCCCUCAAGACUCCCUUUGAUGUGAUUAUGCAGCGGAUAUCCUCCCGCUGGGUUCACGAGCCCUCUGGUAGGGUUUACAACACUACCUUCAAUGCGCCCAAGGUUCAUGGCAUCGACGAUAUAACUGGGGAGCGUCUGGUUCAACGCUCUGAUGAUAACGAGGAAAUUUACCGGGCUCGCUUCAAGAAAUUCCAGGAGACCAGCGAGCCCUUGCUGGAGCACUAUGCCAAGAAGGGUGUCCUCUGGGAGGUCGAAGGCAUGAGCAGCGAUGAAAUCAGCCCCAAGCUGUACGACGAAUUCGAGCGGCGGUUUGCCUGA